AUGGGUGCGGGAGCCAGCGCUGAGGACAAAAAGUCCAAGGAAUUGGAAAAGCAACUCCAAGAAGAUGCUGAUAAGGACGCUAAAACGGUCAAGCUAUUACUGCUUGGUGCUGGUGAGUCAGGAAAAAGCACCAUCGUAAAACAGAUGAAGAUUCUGCAUCAAGGUGGUUACACAAAAGAGGAACAGCUGGAGUUCAGAGCUAUCGUCUAUGGCAACAUCCUGCAGUCCGCUCUGGCUAUCAUCAGAGGCAUGGAGAUGCUGAGCAUUGAUUUUGGCUCAACCUCUGGACAGGAAGAUGCACAGAAGCUGCAGAACUUGUCAGACUCCAUCGAGGAAGGCACAAUGCCCUCUGAGCUGGCCGACGUCAUCAAGAAGCUGUGGAAAGACAGUGGUGUGCAGGUCGGCUACGACAGAGCUGCUGAGUUCCAGCUGAACGACUCUGCUGGCUACUACCUCAACGAAUUGGACAGAAUCUGCAAAUCAGAUUACCUCCCCACUGAGCAGGAUGUGCUGCGUUCCCGAGUCAAAACCACUGGUAUCAUCGAGGAACAGUUCGCCUGCAAAGAGUUGCACUUCAGGAUGUUCGAUGUGGGUGGCCAGAGGUCAGAGAGAAAGAAGUGGAUCCAUUGUUUCGAGGGUGUGACCUGCAUCAUCUUCUGCGGAGCUCUCAGUGCAUACGACAUGGUGCUCGUAGAGGACGACGAAGUGAACCGCAUGCACGAGUCCCUCCAUCUAUUCAACAGCAUCUGCAACCACAGAUUCUUUGCACUGACCUCCAUCGUGCUUUUCCUCAACAAGAAGGAUCUGUUCGAAGAUAAGAUCAAGAAGGUCCAUCUGAGUAUCUGCUUCCCCGACUAUGACGGCCCCAACACGUACGAGGACGCCAGCAACUACAUCAAGUCUCAGUUCAUGGAACUGAACAUGAAGAAAGGUGUGAAAGAGAUCUACUCCCACUUGACCUGUGCCACAGACACCAAGAACGUCCAGAUUGUGUUCAAUGCUGUGACAGACAUCAUCAUCAAAGAAAACCUCAAACAAUGCGGUCUUUUCUAA